GGACAUGUGUCUUGCUAGUUUUAGAAAACAACUCAUCUUUCGAAAGGAUUCACCGAUAGCCGUGACGUGAUUAUAUAUCGAUGAAAAAAUAAUACUGUAUCUACAUAUUGAACAAUUAAAUGUUUUUAACCAUAAUCUUCGCGUUCUCUCAAAAAAGGUUUGUAGUUAAAGAACAUUCAUAUUUACGACACGGAGUAGUUUUCUCGGUUUGAUAUUUGUAUAUGUUUGAUAUAAGUUAUGAAACGCGAAAGGAAGGACCGCGACGGACCUGUAGUUAGCCAGCUAAGCUAACCACGCAGGAUCGAAAACCGUGUCAGUGACUGAAGGAAUUUAGCUAGCCAGCUGUACUACGAGCUAACACGCCGAAAUCCAUCAGAUAGUAGUGUGGUAGUUUGACUUGUUAGCCAGCUAUAGUGGUGUCAAGUUGAAGGUCUCCACUCCACUUAUCGGUGCAUUUUGAGGAGUCCGUUUCCCCGAAAACCGAAUCAAAGCUAAACGUCAGCAGAACCAGCUCUCGAUUUGCGGUCAAAUGGAACAAUGACAAAGAUGCUGAAUAUUCUACUUGUCUUUACAACGCUAGGCUGUGCUCUUGUUACUUGGGAUGUAGAUGCAGACGGUGAGUCACUCAGAAUGAUACACUCUGCAGAUGGCGUGUCGUUAAUCCGCCUAGUCAGCGGGGACAGUGACUGUUCGGGACGCGUGGAGCUGCUCCAGAGGAACCAGUGGGGGACGGUGUGUGACCACGGCUGGGACCUGAGGGAGGCUGACGUGGUGUGCCAGGAGCUGGGCUGUGGGCUGGCCGAGAACGCUCUCCGUGGAGCUGCGUUUGGCAAGGGCACCGGAAAGAUCUGGCUGAGGCACGUCCAGUGCUCGGGCCAUGAGGCGAGCCUGACGCGAUGUCCCAGGGUCCUCCACAGUGAACCCACCUGCACACAUGAUAAUGACGCUGGGGUGAAAUGCUCAGGUGAGACUGAGGACCAGGAGGAUAGCCUAGUACCAGAUCAGUUGAAACUGUUUAAACAGAUCUGGGGCCCCCGUGCUUCAGGAGGUACGCUGUUGACGCCCACCCUGUCCCUGCUUUCCCCUCACACUGUCUUCUCUGCCGGGGAGACGGUUCGCUUCGGCUGCACUGUGCUACUGGGCCACCACCUGAAUGGCUUCCACCUGUAUAAGAGGGGCGUCGCCACCCCGUUGGUGACUCAGAGGGUGGACUCUGCCCAGACCAGGGUGGAGCUGACUCUGUCAGACCUGGAGACGACCCACCAGGGCAGCUAUAGCUGUCUGUACAGGAUCAAGGGCAGCUCUCCCUCCUCCCCGCUCAGCUCUCCACCCAGCAACUCUAUCAACAUCACUGUGGUGGAGCUGCACACCCCUCAGCACUGGUACAACACGUCCAUCGAGGCUCCCACAGGCUCUGUCAUCAAAGGCCACAGCUUCACCAUCACCUGCUCCACUGAGCAGCAGUACCCUGGAGGUUCCUUUCAGCUGCGUCUGAUCCGUUCCAACGGCACGGUGCGCCAGUCGCUGCCCGCCCUCACUCCCUCCGUCACCUUCACCUUCUCAAACGCACAGCGGUCCAACGAGGGCUACUAUUACUGCCUCUACAGGGUCCAGCUGGGCGGGAGAACCUUCGUGUCCCGGGAGAGCCAACCGCUCCCCAUCUCCAUCAGAGACCCAGACCCAGUGUUGAGCCCUAUGGUGAUCAGCUGGCUGGCGUCUGCUCUGACCUUCCUCGUGGCUGUCCUCGUCAUCAUCAUCAUCAUCGUUGCCAGAGUCAUGCUCUGCAAGAGACAGAAGAAACCCUCGGAGCUAGAGAGAGAGACCAGAACCUGUGUGGACAACACGUAUGUUGCCUUAGCAAUAAAAUGAUGAGAUGAGCAGAUAUAUUGGAGAAAGAGAAGGACCAUGUGUUUGAAGAUGGAACCCUCAACGCAGACAUUCCGGAGCUGACAACCUUCCUCAGGGAUGGGGUCACAGACAGAGAUAUAUAUAUAUAUAUAUAUAUAUAUAUAU